UAAUGUUUUGAAGCAAAUAGAAACAUCUUGUUCGUGCUUAAUGGAAAUGAGUUUAAUGAUCUGGCCAAAGAAUCCUUGACUAAUACUCUGCAACCUGUUAAAAGACGAUGGCAUUGCGUGAUAAGCCUGACAAAGUGUUCAGUGACUUGGAGGUUGACGUCUUGCCAAAUGGAAUAAAGCAAGACAGAGCUCAACCUUCUACUACCCUAAGGAAAUACUACUCCCACUGCAGGAGAAUGACAUUCGCCAGAUUUGUGGCCUCCAAGACAAGUGGCUGCCAUCAAGGGGGGAAAAGUCCAUCAACUUGGUAUUGCUGUGGCCAGACCUUCAAUGAACCCUCGUCCAUUCAUAAGCAUGUGGCCAGGACUCACGACGCUGAAAUUGAACCGCUUACUCAGUCAACUUUUGAGCAAUUGUCAAAUGAGCUCAUAAAAGAAGCUACUGAGCAACAGCAGAAACCUGAGGCAGAGCCUGUGGACAUUUCCGCAUGGAUGCUUGACACUAGUCACGUUGCUGAUGACCAGCUUCAGAAGGGUCCAGGGCAGGUCCUUCUGUAUUAUUGCUAUCUUCAGAUAGAAGAUCCUCAUGUCAUCUGUGCUUGGCAGAAAGCUUUGUGUGAAAAGCUCUACUUAACUGGCAAGGUGAGGGUGGCAACAGAAGGCAUGAAUGGAACAGUUGGCGGCACGAAAGUGGCGACUGCCAUGUACAUCAAGGCAAUGCGCUCUCAUCCCCUUUUCAAGAUAAUGGAAGAAGAGGAUUUUAAGACUAGUGAUGGCAGUGCUGACUGCUUUUCUGACCUGAGGGUGGGUGUCUAUAAGGAGAUUGUCCCCAUGGGAGUGGAUCCUGAUGUAAUCUCCUACCAACUGGCAGGAACUCAUUUGGAACCUGAAGAGUUUCACAAAGAAGUGGAGGCUCUUCUCUCUAAAGGGGAUUCGUGCAACGAUACAAUACUUCUGGACUGCCGCAACUUUUACGAAAGUAAAAUUGGACAGUUUAGUCAGUGUCUGGCUCCCAACAUCCGUAAAUUCAGCUACUUUCCAGACUAUGUGGACCAGAACCUUGAGCUCUUCCGAGACAAGAAGGUUCUGAUGUACUGCACUGGGGGGAUCCGCUGUGAACGCGGCUCUGCAUAUCUCCGCUCCAAGGAAGUGUGUAAAGAAGUUUACCAGCUGAAGGGUGGCAUUCACAAGUACCUAGAGCGCUUCCCACAGGGCUUCUAUCGAGGGAAACUUUUCGUCUUCGAUGAGCGUUAUGCUAUUUCCUCCAACAGUGACAUCAUCUCAGAAUGCAGGUACUGUGGGUCUCCAUGGGAUCAGUACCAGCCUUGCUCAACCCAUUACUGCCACCAGUUGGUGCUGUCAUGUCCAUCCUGCAGACAAAAGGAACACACUGCCUGUUGCCCCACCUGCCAGUCUAAGGAACAGACAGAGGAGGAAGCCAGUGCUCCACAACCGAAAGAGGAGUGUGAGUGCACGGAUGGACGUCCCAGAAUCCCUCAGGACGUGCUGUGAUAAGCUUGACUCCUAAAGGAGUGGCCAUCCAGAGUCCAGCUGGUGCUAGAUAUAAUAAAACCGGGAUACCAAUUGGGACAAAUAGAUAUAACUCUUGUAUUUCCGGCAUUGAGCCCAUUGAAUAGAGAAUUGGGAAAAGUCAUACAUUAUAGUUUAACAUUUGACAAAAAGGUUAGAAAUGAAGGUAGAUAUAUAUUUGAGGGUUUUAAACCAAAGUGAUGUUAUUUGGAAAACAUACAUGUUUUUAUGAAACAAUUGCUGGCAUGUAGAUAAAACAUGUUACCCUUUUCUCAUCAACUUACGAAUCAUCUGUAAGACCAUGAACAGUUGUGUUGCUUAUAAAGGCACCUUCAGUGAUUUUGACAUAUGAUCAAAUAAACCCAAGAU